UGUCAAGUGCCAAAAUUGUCUUGACGGAACACUAAAUUAUAAUUUAAGUUUUAUUACCCUUUUGGAGUUAUUUCCAAAAGGGAUUAGAAAACCCUAUACCACCAAGACAGUAAUAAGAUGUUUAACUUAAAUAUUUUCAGACAAUUUUCCCGAUUAACAAUUUCAUCAGCAGCAAAAGUCCCUAUUAAUACGAGGAAUAUUUCUGCUUCAGCAGUUGUGCAAUUUAAGAUAACCGAUCAGUUAUGGGCAGAACCUUUGAAAAAAAAGAAAAAGUUGGAUCCAGCAAUUGUUAAAGCUCGUGAGGAAAGACGACGUAAAAGAUUGGAAAAACAGAUUCGCAGAUUAGAGAAAAAUGCGAGGCAACUGAAGCCUAUCGAGGAGAUAGAGCCUCCCUUGCAUCUUUUAGAUGAAAUGAAAAAACGAAAAAGGCCCGUUGUAAACAUACCAGAAGAGGAACAAGAGGCACGUGCAUUACUACUUAAAGAUUGGAGUCGGUACAAGAAGCAAGAAUACAUAUCGAAUGUAAAUCAGAUAGACAGAAUCAUGGCAGCACAGCGACGUGCCCUAGACAUGCUAUAUGAAGAGUCGGAAGAGUUGUACAAUGAAGCUAUCAUGCCUGAUUUACAACUUAUCCCAUUUACGGUCAGCGGGACAUACGCUACGCCACCAAUUAAGAACUACAAUUCACCGGACGGUGAAUACUUCGAUGUGUCCAAGAAAUGGGGACAGAAAUGAUAAAUGGAUAUUAUAUUAAAUUAGACUAAAAUCUAUUAUUAGUGUUAAUAAAUAU